GCCCAGCACCACCAAAGGCCUAAUUAUUCUCACUUUUACAGCCCGGUCCAGUUCAUUAGAAAUAUACGAUUCAUACCUUCUUCUCUUCUUUUUACCGUUAAACAUUUAGAGGAUUACAUUUUCUAUCAAAACUCUGAUUUCCCCACUACAUUUAAGCAUUCAUGUCUGCAUGUGUUUGAAAUUCGAAUCCCACACACUUCUUUUUCAACCGCUCCAAUUUUCUCAACUGUUUCUCCACACUUAAUCAUCGUGUUCUUCAUUUUUCAAUUUUAUUAGUUUUCUCUAUACUAUGGUGAUUACUAGGUCUGUUUCCAAAAAAUCUCCUAAAUCUACGGCUGUAAUGCCUAAAAUUAAGAAUCCUUCAAGCAAACGAAAGAUUGAGUUUGCUGAGAGUAGUGGUCACAAAAGGAGAGUUGUUGUUGAAGACGACGAUGAUGAUUUCGAAAAUGUUAUAGUUUCGAAAAAAAAAUUGCUAAAUCUGUUCUUCCUUCUAGUUCAAAGGCUGUGCGUACCGUUAAGGAAUGGGAUUUUUUCAUCAGGCCUGAAGAUCAUUUUCAUUCAAAGGUUUCUCAUAAUGAGGGUGUUGAUGUCAUUUCUAAUAUUAAAAAGAAUUUAA